AUGACCCCAGCAGCUAAAAAUCACCAGUGUCCACUCAGCGAACGCAAACCUCUGGAAUGGGAUUACAGCAUCCAACAGGCCAAUUCUAAGGACUCUCACAUUCAUACAAGAUCACCAACAUGGAAUCAAUUCACUUACAAUACACCUGACACAGCAAGAGAGCAACCACUUACUGCUGUGCAUCUUCGCCUCUUUACCUCCUUCCACUCGUCACAUCUGCCUGACGGCCAACUAAUUGCACUCUGCUCUCCCUUGCCCAUCACUCCUUCCUUCCUUGCAUGUCUUGAAAGACACAAAAAACUACGUCGUCACCGCAAACCACCAAUCGACCCAAGAGACGUCGUACCAACGGCUACCUCACAACGUAUCUCAUGCACACCGUACGAUAUCCAACUGAAUUUCCAUCCCAUUCGCUUUGCCCUUUACAUUCCAUGCCGACCCGAUGCAAUUCAAUUCAUAUCAUUCCAUGCCACACAACAACCAGCUGUAACACUAGCAGCAACAGAUGCGGUGACAGCACAAACACUAGGACCACCAGCAGAUACAAUCACAGUUGCAUCUACAGCAGAACCACCAACAGCAGCAGGCGCAAAAUUAACGGUUCAACCAGCAAGAGGAAGCAGUCUGUGGCGAGAGGACAAUAGUGUCAUUGCGACAGAUCCGACAUUAUACAAUUGUCGCGCACUUUUCACAGCUGCGAACAUAAAGUUACAGACUGAUAAGGUGUUUACCAUUCUGCGUCUCAUCAGCCACUCCGUAAUAGAGGUAAAUGUGCGUCUAUUCCAACUGUCCCUACCCGUCUGCUUGCCUGCCUCUGGACCACUGCGUUCGUCUGCGCCAAGAAGCAGUAUGUCGGGCAGUAUUAGCAUCACCAACACUGCAUCCACCUACUCCACCUCCUGUUACACACUGACUGGGGCCACACAGAUAGCAGCUCCAUCUAUAUUGAAAUUGCGAGCCGAUUCCCCAUUCCACAUUGUUGAAAGAAAACAGAACGGAACAGAAGGGAACACCGCACAAAUUCAUCGUCCGGCAAUGUUCAAGUCCGAAAAUUUACUCCCACCCAUUGGUCAGUCACUGUGGCAAUCAGCACCGCGCAACGCGCGGCAUCCCAGCACAGGAGGGAAAUCCGUCAGUCAGCAGCAUCCUGUGCCGACUAGAUCAAUGAGCAGCAUGCGACGCGAUGCAACACAGCAGAGAGAACCUCAAGCCCCCGCCUCCAACCAUCACAGUGACUGCAUCCACCAUUGGCAACUCGGAAUUCACUGGGGUACUGGUCGGAAGGAGGCAAACAAUGCGUCAGCCGGCAAUAUGCGUUCAAUUCCUCUUUCUACUGUAUACUCUGAACACGGCCACACAGGCAUCAGCAGCUCAGCAUCACCAGAAAACGGGAACAAUCUUGGUACGGAAAAGAGUCUAUGGCAUGUGAGCAACAACGACGAUGAGUGUUGGUGUUUUGCGGCAGUGGCGCGUAUUUCACCACUGAGCGCAUCAAGCGGCAUGCAGUCUUAA